UUGGGGCAGAAAGGAGGGAAAAAGGAGCUGCAGGGAGGAGGGAAAAAGGAGCUGCGGGUGGAUUCCAGCCCAGCCGGCCCGGUCCCGGCCCGGCCCGAGCCCGGCCAUGGCGCAGCGCGGCCCCGCCGGGACCCUCCUCGCCUCGGCCUCGUGCCCGCUGUGCCUCGGCCUCUUCCAGGACCCCGUGUCCAUCCACUGCGGCCACAACUUCUGCCGCGGCUGCAUCGAGCGCUGCUGGCGGAGCUCCCGGGACAGCUUCCCGUGCCCGCGCUGCCGGGAGACGGCCCCGGAGCGCGGCCUGCGGCCCAACGCGGAGCUGGCCGCGCUCAUCCGCGCCGCGCAGGAGCUGAGCCUCCGCGGGAGCGCGGCGGCGGGCGAGCCGCUGUGCCGGCGGCACGGCGAGGCGCUGAAGCUGUUCUGCGAGGAGGAGCGGAGCCCCGUGUGCCGCGUGUGCCGCCGCUCGCCGCGGCACCGGCUGCACGCCGCCGUGCCCAUCGAGGAGGCGGCGCAGGAGCGCAAGGAGAAAUUCCAGGCUCAGGCGCAGAUCCUCAGGGAAAAGAGGGAAGAGAUGCUGGCGAUGAAGGCGGCGGAGGAAGAGAAGAGCUCGGACUUGCUGGGAGAAAAAGAGAGAAAGAGAGAAAGAAAUAAAGAGAGAAAUAAAGAAAGAGAGAGAGAGCUGGCGGGGCAGGAGCGGCUGCUCCUGGCGCGGCUGGCCGGGCUGGAGCGGGACAUCGCGCGGAGAGGGGAGGAGAGCAGCGGCCGGCUCGCCGAGCAGAUCGCCGCCGCGGGCCGGCAGAUCCAGGAGCUGGAGGAGAAGUGCCGGCAGCCGCCCUGGGAGCUCCUGCAGGACAGCAGCGACAUCCUCAGCAGGCUGGAGCAGCAGAGCGCCCCCGAGCCCGGGGAGACUCCAGCAGAGCUGGCAGAGGAGCCCACGGGGCUGGCCCAGGAAAAAUUCACCCUCAAAGAGACGCUGAGGAAGUUCCAAGUCAGCCUGACGCUGGAUCCCGACACGGCGCACCCGCGCCUCGCCCUCUCCGAGGACGGCAAGAGCGUGCGCUGGGCCGACGCGCGCCGAGCCGUGCCCGACCACCCCAAACGCUUCGACUCGUCGCGCUGCGUGCUGGGCCGCCAGGCCUUCGCCUCCGGCCGCCACUACUGGGAGGUGCGGGUGGGCCGCGGCGCCGCCUGGGCCGUCGGCGUGGCCCGCGAGUCCGUGGCCAGGAAAGGCCGGCUCGGCGUCAGGCCCGAGCUGGGCGUCUGGGCCGUGGGGCUCUGCGGGGGCCGCUGCCAGGCGCUGGCGUCGCCCGGCGUGCCCAUCGCCCUGCCGCGGGCGCCCGAGGUGGUGGGGGUCUACCUGGACUACGAGGGCGGGCGAGUGGCGUUCGUGGACGCGGGCGGCGAGGCGCCGAUGUUCGCCUACGCGCCGGCGAGCUUUGGGGGGGAGAGGGUGCUGCCCCUGCUGUGCCUGGGGAGGGGGUGCCAGUUCAGCCUGUGCCCCUGAGACCCCCGGGCGGGACCCUCAGCGGCGCUGAGCUUUCCGCCUCGGAGGAUUCGGGUGGGAAAUUCCCUUUUCUCCAUUAUUUCUUUAUAAUUUCUGCAUCGUUUCUGCAUCGUUUUCUCCAUAAUUUCUCCAUAAUUUCCUCCAUAAUUUUCUUCAUAAUUUUCUGCAUCAUUUUCUCCAUCAUUUCUCCAUAAUUUCCUCCAUAAUUUCUCCAUAAUUUCUGCAUAAUUUUCUGCAUCAUUUUCUGCAUAAUUUCUCCAUCAUUUCCUCCAUCAUUUCUCCAUUAUUUCUCCAUCAUUUCUGCAUCAUUUUCUGCAUCAUUUUCUCAAUGAUUUUCUUCAGAAUUUCUCCAAAAUUUUCUCCAUAAUUUUCUGCAUAAUUUUCUUCAUAAUUUCCUCCAUCAUUUUCUGCAUAAUUUUCUCCAUAAUUUCCUCAUAAUUUCCUCCAUCAUUUCUACAUAAUUUCUCCAUCAUUUCUGCACAAUUUUCUGUAUAAUUUUCUCUAUAAUUUUCUCCAUAAUUUCUCCAUAAUUUCUCCAUAAUUUCCUCCAUGAUUUCUAGAUAAUUUCUCCAUAAUUUUUCGAUAAUUUCUCCAUAAUUUUCUCCAUCAUUUCUGCAUAAUUUUCUGUAUAAUUUUCUGUAUAAUUUUCUCCAUAAUUUCUCCAUCAUGUCUCCAUCAUUUCUGCAUCAUUUCUGCAUCAUUUCCUCCAUAAUUUCCUCCACGAUUUCUCCAAAAUUUCCUCCAUAAUUUCUCCAGCAUUUUGCCAUCAUUUUCUUCAUAAUUUCUGCAUCAUUUCCUCCACGAUUUCUCCAAAUUUUCCUCCAUAAUUUCUCCAGCACUUUGCCAUCAUUUUCUUCAUAAUUUCUGCAUCAUUUCCUCCAUCAUUUCCUCCAUAAUUUCUCCACCAUUUCCGCCAUCUCCCUUUUCCUGCAAGGAGAAGCCGCAGCUGGGUCGGAGAAAUGCGGGUUUGAGGUCGGGGGAGGCUUUUGCCGUUUUGAGGAUGAGAAAAAUGGGGGAGAAAACACACAGAGACCCUUUUUUUAGCGCAUUUAACCCAAAAAUCUUCAGUUUAGGUCGUUCCUCGGGAGAUAAGGCGCUGAUCGCAGCUCCCUGGUGGUCUAGUGGUUAGGAUUCGGCGCUCUCACCGCCGCGGCCCGGGUUCGAUUCCCGGUCAGGGAAGGAAACUUUUGUUUCCGCUGAAAAAAAAUUAAUUUUUGGGAAAAAUCUAUUUAAGCAUCUCCUAACCCCCAAAACACGCCUUUUCUCCUCUUUUUUACGCCUCUCCUCUCCCGCGAGACGCCCCCUUCCAGCUGCUCCUGAGAAAUGAAUAAAU